ACACUCAACGCACUGCGAUGAGAGCUCGCACGUGCAGUGUACACGCGACCAGCGUGAACGUGACCUACUAUUGGCUCGUAAGACAACGUUGUUUACGGUCACGCGGCGGCAUAUUUUCCUGAAUACGUUUCAAAUAACUUUUAUGCGAAUCUUUUUACGUCAGUUAGGGGACCCCUUCAACUUUUUCUUUGACGUCGUUAUCCCUGUGAUGAGAAAUUUGUUGUGUACCUAUUAAUUUCAACCGCGAAAAUGUGUAACCUCAGUCGUGAUUGUAUUAUCGUGCGGUGUGCUUUUGGUCUAAUAAUCAACAAAGAAAGUGUCCAUACAGUAUAAAGAUUUUUUAUAUAUAGAAGAUGGAAUGGGUACUCCGAAGCCCUCAGAUACACAGCACAUUUGGUAACCUGGGAUUUACACAUGGAGAUGGGUAUCACGUGAAUGAAAACUGCAAUGCGGCCCUUGAGACGAUCCUGCACAAUAUUUUAACAGAAGACAAGUAUUUAAGAUCAUAUCGUAAAAGUAUUCGUUUUGGUGAAAAUAUAAAGAAAGACCUCAUCCCAUUGUUGAUAAAUGCAAAAAACGAUACGACAUUGGAGCUAUUGAUUAAAAUAUUGCUUAAUUUGACUAUACCUGUAGAAUGUUUGCUCUCUGUGGAAUUAAUAUCACAAACAGAUUUUGGACGGCAUACCGUAUUUGAGAUCAAUAAUUUGCUUACGGCUACGAAGGCAGCAUUUACGGACCAUCGAACAACUAGAGUUAUCAUUGAUUUUUUAAAGAAAUAUUUAGAUAAUGAACAGAAAUCAAAAUUAUCUAUGGAACAGUGCACGAAUAUCAGCAAUUGCCUUUUAUUGCUGAGAAAUAUACUACAUAUACCUGAAGACAAUAGUGGCCAAAGCCCUAGUUACAAUGGAACAAAUAGCUCUGUGCAAAACCAGAUUCUGUGGAACAUUUUUAGCCAAAGUAUUGAUAAGGUUCUUAUUAAGCUGAUGGUAAUGCCUGAUGCGACCUACUGGGGAGUAACAAUGGUACAACUUAUAGCCUUACUUUACAAGGACCAACACGUCGUCACGCUGCACAAACUAUUGAAUCUAUGGCUAGAGGCAUCUUUGUCAGAAAGUUCCGACGACAAUGAGAGUAAUACUUCUCCUCCCGACCGAGGAAGUGAAGAUUCAUCUCCCAUGUUGACUUCGGAUCCUACUUCAGAUUCCUCUGAUACGGGUGGUAGUGGCAAAAGCAAUGAUGAACCCAAUUCGGUAAAUAACGGGUGGGACUCUACUGCUUCCAUGAACAAUAUAAGUGAGAAUGGUAAUCAACCGUACCAAGAAACAACACUCGCUGAAACUAAAGUUACUAUUCAAGACAAGAGCGAUUCCAUUGAAAAUACCGUCGAAUCUCAAAAAUCUGAUGACGAUACUCACACAAGCUUGGGCGAAAAAAAAGCAAAGAAUCUAUCGGAACAAAGUUCGCACGCUCAACCAGAUAAAAAGAGUGAAAAGACUCCAGUGUCUGAAGCUUCUGACUGCGGGUAUGGAACACAAAUGGAAGUACAGGAAUCUAUAUCUACAUCAAGCAACGAGGAUGAGCUCCCGACGAAGAAACCUGUCCAUCAAAAGCCACAUAAUCCCAAGCAGAGAGCAAAUAACAAAGUGCGCUCAGGUGUUAUGUUGCAGUAUAGAAAACGGAAGAAAAUCGUAAAAAGGGGCAAAACGAAUACCAUAAAUAUCCAAGGUCUGUCACAUAAAACACCUACAGACGACGAUAUAUCCAAUAUCAUGAAAGAGUUCACCGUGGUUUUCCUUUUGAAAGGAUAUAAUUCCUUAGUUCAAACACUUCACGAUCAAAUUUUAACUAACAAGCAGGUAGAAAUCGAUACAUCGCAUUUCUUUUGGCUCGUCACAUAUUUUCUGAAAUUUGCCACGCAAAUAGAACUGGACUUGGAGCACGUUUGUUCAGUUCUCACAUAUGAUAUAGUAUCAUACUUAACUGCAGAAGGUGUUAAUUUGUGUGAACAGUUUGAGCUGGCAAUAAAAUUAGAUGGAAACGAUUUGAAGCCUAGCCUAAGGAGACUGCAUCUGGUUGUUACUGCCAUACGAGAAUUCGUACAAGCGAUGGAAAUAUACAAAAAGUUGGGACAUAUGUGUAAAGAUGACCAAGAAACAUUAUUAAAACUACAAGUAAAAAUGUGUGAGACUGAAGAAUUGAGAUCAUUACUAGUUCUUCUCUUACGUUAUUAUGAUCCAAAAUAUCAUUCAAAACAGUAUUUACAGGACUUGAUUGUAACAAAUCACAAUUUGCUGAUGUUCUUGGAUAGCGUUAUGAAGUUGCCGGAAUACAGCGGCAGCACCAAUAUGAACGAUCAUAUAAGGCAGUUUGCGACACCUGAAAUAAUGUUUCAAUAUGGACUUCUAUUGGAGGACUACGCUAGCAAUGGCGAAUUCGUAAACGAUUGUAUCUUCACGCUGAUGCAUCACGUUGGAGGCGAAUUGGACUCACUUAUUACUUUGUUUCAACCUAAGAUACUAAAAACUUUUACUUCUAUUUGGAAAUCCGAAUUUGAAAUUUGUGAUGAUUGGUCUGAUCUCAUUGAGUAUGUUAUAAAUACUUUUAUCAAGAAACCGCACACGCUACAGAGCAACACUAACUUUAGACUAACUACGGAAUGUUUCGACGACGAUAAAAUAUUUGUCAAACCUGUGGCUACUCCUAUCAAAGUGGUGAAACAAAACAUCCAUAACAAGGCUAAAAAAGAUGUGAGUCCUUCGCCCGAUUCAUCUAAGGAUAAUUGGACGGAAGAAGAAUUAUCUUCAUUGAGUUGGCUCUACAUGCAAUGUAGCAGUCUGUCAGAUGUUAUCGGAGAAAUCAUCAAACUUUACAAGGAAGACGGUAUUAUUAAGACUAGAAGUUCAUUGAUAAAGGAACUUUUGAAACAGAAUCUCAUUAAUGAUGACGAAUAUAAACAAUAUCAACAGCAGGAGACUGAACGCACUGCUAAGAUACUUCAAGUUCACGAGGUGGCUAGAGAUGACGAAAUUAGCAAAUUAUGUGACCAUUUAAAGAAUGACGGAAAAUCAAAGUUCUUGGAUUGGGUACAGAAAGUUCUCCUUGACACGUGUUUUGCUAAACAUUACAUCGAAAAGAAGAACAAUGAGCAAAUCGAGACCCCGGCAGAGAAUAAAGAAUUUAAAUUGAUGAAUUUCGAGCUGUUCAAAAAGAAAUCGAGUAGAUUGCCGGAAAUGUCGCCCGUCUCUUAUCAUUCUUUACUGUUGAAUCAGUCCGUGCCACUAGUUCCGUGGAACUGUGAGCAAGCAUCUAUUUGCAAGGAUUUGAAGUUCCUUCAACUACUGCAUAAGCUGGGUUUCCAUAUGCCAGUCGAUUCCGGAAAAGUUUUUAUUCGGAUACCACAUUUUUGGACUUCUAACUUCCUCUGCGAAGUAGCAUCGAAAAUAUCGCCCAUAGAUACAUCUAAACUGAAGUUUUCUUUGGACGAUGUAUUGAAUGACGCCACACCUUGUACUCAAAACAGUUUUAGAAUACCAUCGGGCCUCGUUAGCGACAUUACUAUGAUCGAGACGCCAGACAAUUUUUAUCAACAAAAACAUCUCGCCGCAAUGGUCAACUAUACACCAAUGCCCGGGUCAUCUUUUAAUCCCGAGAAUGAAGAAUUACAUAGACAAAACUGGCUAGACGUAGUGCAAAAGUCACAGGAAUAUAAUAUGUCACUGGGGAUGGGAAGUUCUCUGGUUGAAAAAGAUGAAAGAUGCAUGGACGCGGCUAUGCAGAGAACCGCGGCCGACGUGAUCGUAGCCACCCCCACCCCGCUAUUAGACGAUUUGAGAAAUACCCCCACUCUCAUGUCAGUUUCCUCGCUCGUCAUGCCACCUAUCAUGAGCAUGAAGCAGGACAAUUCUAAUUACCAUCUGAACUUAGCCGAGUCAGAGUAUUACAAUAAUAGCGUGUGUGAAACUGCAUCUGUUACCUCCAAUUUAACCAGAAUGUACAUGUCAGACGAAGACGAUAAAGAAGUAUUAAUUAAUCCCGUCAUUGACGUUAGUACCAUGUUGGACGACCAAUUUUCAAGUGAUUCCGAAAGCACUAUCGCAGAAAAACGGCCGCGAGUUGAAUUUUAACAGGUUUUUGCAGGUAUUUUACUUAAGAGUAGGUUUUAUAGAAGCUGGCAUUGAUGUAUAAGUAUUUGUUACAAUUAAACUACAAUUAAAAUGAAACAAAUCAUGAUGAUAUUUUUAGCUAUGUACCUAAAAUUAAUAAUAAAUUAGCUAUAAAAUAUACUUACAAAAUGAGAGAAUAUAAAGAGUUCGAAACUAGUAAUUAUAUUUACUGUUUUUUGUAAUUUAAGGAAUUGUUAGUGUGCAUUUUAAAACAUGUUAUAUACCUACCUAAUAAUAAUAAUAGAAGCGAGAGCUGUGUUUUUAAAUAAUUUAUAAAUUUUAAUAAUUUUUAUUGUAUUUUUCGUAUAGCACCCAUGAAAAGUUGUUUCUAUUCUACUAUAAAGAAUUAUGUAAUAAGUAGAUACAUAUUAGGUGUUGUAAAAUAAAACAGUCACGUAAUUCAA